GAUGGGAUUUAUAAAGUACAGAAUGAUAGGAAACGUUACAGAGGUGGAACUUUGCCGACAGACCUAGCCGGAGCUUCACGCUUUGAUAUUUUUGUGAAAUGAAAGUGUUUCCAGUUUUUGUUGCAAGACUUUUUGACUUACUCUCUUCAUUGGAUCCCAGACACCAUGCGCCAAGAGGAGUAGACCUCUUCCUGUCUUGCAAUGGAAGUCUCCGGAAAGAAGACUUUCAGCUCCGAGGAAGAAGCAGCGAACUACUGGAAAGACCUGGCCAUGACCUACAAGCAGAGGGCAGAGAAUACCCAAGAAGAGCUUCGAGAAUUCCAGGAGGGAAGCCGAGAAUAUGAAGCCGAAUUGGAGACGCAGCUGCAGCAGAUUGAAACCAGGAACAGGGACCUCCUGUCCGAAAACAACCGUCUCCGCAUGGAGCUAGAAACCAUCAAGGAGAAGUUUGAAAUGCAGCAUUCUGAAGGGUACCGGCAGAUGUCUGCCUUGGAGGAUGACCUUGCCCAGACAAAGGCCAUUAAAGACCAAUUGCAGAAGUACAUCAGAGAGCUGGAGCAGGCCAACGAUGACCUGGAGCGAGCAAAGAGAGCCACAAUCAUGUCGCUGGAGGACUUUGAGCAGCGCUUGAAUCAAGCCAUCGAAAGAAACGCGUUUUUGGAGAGCGAGCUUGACGAGAAGGAGGACCUCCUGGAAUCCGUCCAGCGGCUGAAGGACGAAGCUAGAGAUUUGCGGCAGGAGCUGGCCGUGCAGCAGAAGCAGGAGAAGCCCUGGACGCCCCUGCCCAGUGCACUCGGAGCUGAGAGGACGGACACAGCGGUCCAGGCCACCAGCUCCCUGCCCUCCACACCCGCUGUUCAUCGCGGACCCAGUUCCAGCCUGAACACACCAGGGACCUUCAGACGGGGUCUGGAUGACUCAGCUGGCGGGACACCCCUCACACCUGCAGCCCGAAUAUCGGCCCUCAACAUUGUGGGAGACCUCCUGCGGAAAGUUGGGGCACUGGAAUCCAAACUCGCGUCCUGCCGGAACUUCAUUUAUGAUCAGUCCCCACACCGAGCCGGUGGUCCAGCCUCAGCACGGGGGAGCAGGAACAGAGAUGGCAGUGACAAGCAGGCCAGCAGCACCAGUGUGCCUUUGGGGGACAAAGGGUUGGGGAAACGCCUGGAGUUCGGGAAGACGCCUUCAGAAGCCCCCUCGCCAUCUCUGCCGUCAGCCCAGGGCGUAGUCAAGGUGCUGCUCUAGGAGAACCAGGGGCCGGCGCUCACGGGUUCUUACUCCUCUUCCACUUUUCUAAGCUCCUUUUUUUAAUGUUAAGUGUAUUUUACUAUACGCGUGAGAACAAAAAAGCUGCGGUUACUACAGUUGCUUUGUGCUCUGGAUUCUGUCACCGGUGCUCCCCGGGAAAGGUGGUCUGCUGACCCCAACCUUGUUGAGAGUUGCCAUGCAGUCCGGACAGGAUGGGGGCCCUCUGGGAAAAGGUCGAAAACGUGGGUGAUGAAACCAGGGUUUACUAUUAACCCAGAAUUCUGAGUGGUCCUGAGAGGAGGCUCCUUAAGUGUAGAUGUCUCUCACCCCUCACCCACACCCAGCUGGGAUUGUCCAGGACAAAACCUCCCGUGCUUUAUGAAGGUAUAGUAAGGACUGGUGGACUCCAGUCAGGUCUCAGACUGAAGAAUGGACAAGACACGCCCUUCUUAACCAGUGGUCGGGCCCCUGGGAGGCCCAGCCACCCGCUUCUCCUUGUCGAGUUGAGAGUGAGUGAUACGGGUCAACGUCUUGGUGACUCGGGGUCCGAGGGUCUCUGUGUCCUCUUGAGGCGAGUCCCAGCCUGGGGUUCUCCUGAGUUGCCCCCAUUCUGGACCUUGAGGACCCACGGGGCAGAAGGCCUGUUGAUACUGCGGUCCGAGGACAGGACUUCAUUCAAAGCCAUGAUCAGUUAUGGAGAGAGAGAUGAAGACCAGGAUUGUUGUUGGAAGCUGCCUUUUCAAAGAGGAAACACACAGGCCUCCCAGCGCUUGAAGUGUGUAGCCACUCUCAGUGCCCACCACUGGACUUGACUGCUCUCUCGCUCUCUCUCUCCCUUUAGAUUCAAGUCAGAAAAACCCUGCUCCGAUCAGGAGCAUGCUCCUCACUUAAUGACCUCCCUUUGGCUCUUAAGUUAUUUUCCGAAAGACCAGCCAAAGUGUCUAAGUUGUAAAUAGAACCUGCUAAGCACUACUGAAAGCCAACAGAAGUUACACCUCCUCAGUGCCAGGUUUGUUAUCCUAAGAAAGUUCCACAACUUGCAUCCAUCAAAGAGAGGCUUUUAUUUUUUUAAAAGAACAAUAAAAUCAAGAGAAAUGAC